GGCGGGAAACACAUGGCGUCCAGACCUUCGCUAUAGGGAAUCGACACAAGACUAACGCAGCAAACAUGCCUGUGGGAGGGAGAGUGGCAGGGAAGAGUGGAGUGGUCGGUCGUGUUGGUGAAGGGCAUGGGGUCGCCCGCAUCAAUGAAGACAUCAUCUGGAUGACAAUCUGCGUGGGCAUCAUCAUCCUAGUGCUUAUCAGCCUGGCGCUGUGCUACAUCCUGCACGAGAAGUGCAAGAAGAGGAAGGGGUCCUGGGAGAGAGCGUGACGGCGGCUCCCCCUCUGUUCUUCUGCCAGGGAGUACUACAUAGACGUCUGAGUCAGGAGCAGGAGACAAUCUGGUGCCAACACAAACAAGGGGAGAUUUGUCCCUCUCUAGUGUGACAAAACACAAAGAAAUCUUGAGCAACAAUCUUAAUGUUAUAGUUCACUUCCCGAAGUAGUUCUUUUCUACUUUUCCCAUUAUUGGCAGAUUGUGUUAUAUGUUCAGCUUCACAUUAUUCACCAGUUCUUCAUCUGAGGUGUAUAUCUGUGUAGUUCACUUGUCGUUAUAUUCUCAAGUUGUUGUGUUCCUAGCAUUUGCUGUGUUACUCAAAGAACCCAUUUGUAAUACUGAAGAAUCAGCAAAGUUUCCAUUAUGCAUUUUAAGUAAUAUUUUUAAUUGCCGUAUGAAACGUGUUGUAACAACGUUUAUAAAACUUGAUUGUGUACACGGACCUAUAUAUUUUUGUUUCCUCAGAAGAAAAUCUAACUAAGGAAAAUUACUAUUGAACUGUCAGAAAGAAUAUGUCUACUCGUUGCUAUCAACUGUCGCACAGUUAGAUUAGAUGUAGUGUAAUAUGUUUUACACUUAGAAGAUAUUUCUAGAAUAUAGAAUUAGUAAGAAUAGCCUUCUAGCUAAUCUUUAAUUAAAUAAAUGGGUAGAUGGGAUUGGCGCCUAAGGAAAUUCGUUGUGCAAUCGAUGGACCGUCCUCACUAAGCGAGUAAACUUUUAUAAAAGUAAAUUAUUUUUCUACAAAUCAAGUUUCUAACAUAAAUACUAGUCUAUAUAUAUAAACGCUUAAAGUAUUUACUUACUUCAAACGCAAUACUUAAUUAAAUGAAACUAUUUAUAAGUUUAUAUUUAAGUAUUUUAAUUAUAAUAAUGUUGUUUAGAAUUUUUAGUGUUUGCUUAAAUAGGCAAUACAACUGAACUGUAAAUUCAGCUAUGAAAUUGAAAUUUGGUUCCAUUAUUCUUCAAGAAAAAAGUCGUUGCUUUUUCCAUGAAUUAUGUUUUACUUAUAUUUUUUUUAAAUAUAUUAAAGAAGCUAAUAUUUUGCUCUUACUUAAUCAUACAAGCAAUUAUCGUUUUUUAAUGUACCUGUCAAUCUGCAUUUACAUAAUAAACUAAAAAAUUAUACAAUAUACAACGUAUAUGUCAGACAUACAAUUUGACAUUAAAAUGUAACGUAAAUAUUAUUAUUUUUUACACGAAUUAAAACGACGUUGAAAAUAAAAUAUCGUAUUUGCAUUGUUAGUGAUAUAGCAAUAAUGGAUUAGCUAAAUGUUAACACUUUCACACCCACGUGAAUAUUCACAUUAAUCAUAUUUACGCUAGAUAAAAACAUUGACCCUGGAACUGUAAGUGUUGUAUAGCACUACUCGACUACGAGCAUAAAUAUUAAUAAUUUAUUUAGUUAAUAUAUUCACUAAAUUUUAAAAUUGAACGUGUUACGAGGAAAAUAUAACACACUGAACGAUAAACCGAUAUUUAUGCGUUAAGUUAUUAAAGAUAUAUAAUUGAAUGUUAUUUAUGAAUUAUAUAAAGUUUAAUAAUGUUAUUUCAGCCGAGGAAACUUACGCAAUUGAAAUAUUUACUGGGUACGAAAUUUAUUGGAUAGGACAAAGAAAUGUUAUAUUAAAAUAAGUCAAAUAAAGCUAAGCACAACUGUGAUUGCAAUCAUAACUUGUUCCUUACGUCAAUAUUGAAUGAAGAUUUGAUACUGUAACCUGUAAUGUAUAUUUCAUGU